CUCUCCCCUUCUCUCAGUUCCGCAGUUGCGCUCCUCCCCCGCAACCAACCCUGCUCCAUCAUGGCACUCGUGACGCCGACAUCCAUUCGGAUCAUUGAUCUAGAUUCAGGCGCGUCUCGGCAUGUGUCUUGGGAUCCCUCUGUACCUGACGAAGUGUUUGAAUCGGUGUUCGAAGGGACCCUGCGCACGACGUUUGGCAUCACAGACGACUCGUGGGUCGACCUCAUCGACUUGAACACGUCCAGUUUGGUUCCCAUGAGCAAACAUUCGUUCUUCCAGCUCACGACCAAGACUCCUGAAGCCCCACUUGUCCUAACCUUGUCUCCCAAGACUGAAUCCCUGGCCCCACUGAAAAAGGACGACAUCGUCGAAGUGACCUUCCCGGAUCGGUCCCUUGGCAUCACUAUCCGCGACUACCAUCGCGAUAAUGUCGUCGUGAAUGCCUUCCGGCCAAACUCAGAUGGCACCAUGGGCUAUACCCAGUCCACAGGCCUCAUUUCCAUCGGUGACGUCGUCUAUAAAGUCGGUGGCGUCCGCGCCAUCGGCCGCCAGUACGACAGCGUUAUUCAAAUGCUCCAGACGCCGAUCCGACCGUUGUCUGUGCACUUUUUCCGCCCGCGCAUGCGCGAAGGCCUGUAUGCGGUGGAGUUCACCGGGUCUGCUCUCAAUCUCACCAUCACAUCGGACGACGACCGUGUCCUCGUCUCACGGUUGCCGCCGUCCCUUCCGAACGUAAUGGGGUUUGCUGAAGCGCGAGGUGUCCGUGUGGGUGACAGCAUUCACGCCAUUGAUGGUCAUAUCCUGAACGGUCCCGAGUACGCGCGUGCCGUGAGCUUGUUGAAGCGCUCGACGCGCCCGUUGGUGGUCGUGUUCUGGCGAGCCAGUGUCCAGCCGCAGUACAUGAUGCAGGCCUUGGAAAACACCACGCCCAAGAGUUCCGGCCAUCGACACUCGGUCGCAUCGUGGUCAGCGCCAUCCCCCACGCCGUCGCCUCGUCCCUCGCUUCAAAAGAUUGGCCGGGCUCCAAGCACCUUGAAGGAGUUGCAAUCCCCCGGCAGCCACUACGACGCGUACAACAACAACAACAUGACGGCGACCGGGCAAGGCGGAAGUUUGUUUGGCGAUUCCAUGACCGUCGCCGACAUGAUGGACUACUGCGACACGGUGGCGUCGGUGGGUGUAGUCACGUUGCCGGAAGCGUCGAUCCUCAAGGACAUGCUCGCGGCUGGCCGCGGCGACUUGGCCAGCGCCAUUCGCCACCGCAACAAGAAUGCCAUCGUGGCGCUCGUGCGCUCCCCCACCAUGCAUUUGUGGGACCAGUUGCUGAAAACGCGCGAACGCGUGGUCCUGGCUGGCCCCGUGGCGAGCAAAAAGACCAAGCGCUACCACUUGAUCUUGACGGACCACGAGCGCCUCUUGUUUGUAAACAAGACGACCAACGCGCUGGAAGACGAGGUGCUGUGCAGCCAUAUUGUGACUGUGAGCUCUCGCUCUAAGAUGCAGGAAGUGAUCUUGUCCACCGCCAAGACGGAGUAUGUGCUGCUCGACAGCUUCAUUGGCCCGAGUGUGUGGGUUCGAGCCAUUUUGCCGUUUACACAUACCCAGGGGUACCUAAAAGUACACCACAACCCGCACGCGUCGUUGCUGGGCCCGAAGAAGCGGUACUUUCUCCUCAAGAACGACCUCUUGUCCGAGUACAAGAGGGACAACAUGACGAAUGACAAGCCCUUGCACGUGGUGUCGCUACGCUCGUGCCAAGUGCGCGUCGUCGAUGCCAAGUCGUUCAAGUUUGAAAUCACCACGUCGUCUGGCGGAGUCAAAGCCGCGAAAAUGAACCUGGUCGCCCCCAGUGCCCGCGAAUACAACAAGUGGAUGGCGUCGUUGCAAGCGUUUGUACUCGCGCAACAACAGCAGCUCCACAUCGUCAUGCCAACCGCGUAAACGUGUCGUCUCCAUGUUUUAUACAUCGCUUAACUUAUCAACCCCAUAGUGUCUGGACGGUGGGUGCACUACUUGUAUCUACUGUAUGUAGGUGCUGCACCCAUCCCAUGGUAUACUAGUACUGUAUAUGUACCCGUAUGAAUAAUACAAAAAUAUCGUCGAUUUGAUACAAA